AUGGCUUGCCGCAGCUGCAGCUCGAGCCUCGGCCGGCUGCCACGGCGGCCGGUGCCGUCUCUGCGACAGCAACAGCCCUUUGUCGAAUCAACACCACGGUCCGUCGUGUCCGCAUCCACAUCCUCGCCAGCACGACCACCACCACCACCACCGUCAUGCGCGCGCGGCCUCCACACCACACCAGCGGCGCGUCACCUGCAACAGCAGCAGCAGCAGCGGCCCAAGGCCAGCGGCAGUGAUUCUGCUGCUGCCGCCACAAAGGAGGAAGGAGCCGGAGGCUUCGCCCAGCGCCUCGCCAGCAAGUUCGCGUCGGCGGUGCGGCGGCCGGGAGACGAGUCGAUCAAGUCGGCCGUGGUGGGUUCCUACGCCUCGUACAAGGCCACAGAGCGCCUCGCCGCGGCCUGCGCCCACCAGGCCGACUACUCCAUCAGCGCGGCCGACCGCAAGGCCGAGACGGUGCCGACGGCGGCUGAUGGCGAGGAGAUUGGCGUGGGCGGCGGUGGCGUGUGGCACAAGGACUUCGACCUCCCCCCGACCUUCAGCACGUGGGCGCAGGUUAGCAUGCUGCACAUGUAUCUGUUAGUGGUGCGCAUGCGGUGCGUCGACGACCGCGACGUGCACGCGCGGUGGCAGUCGCAGCUGGUCGACCACUUCUUCGCGGCGGCCGAGGAGCGCAUGGUGGUGGCGCACGCCAUGGCGUCGGGCGGCGUGCGCCAGCGCUUCCUGCGCGACCUGUUCGUGCAGUGGCGCGGGCUGCUGCUGGCCUACGACGAGGGCCUCGUCCGCGGCGACGCCAUGCUCGCCUCGGCCGUCUGGCGCAACCUGUACAAGGCCCGCGCCGACGUGGAUUUGCGUGCGCUUGCGGCGGUCGUGAGCUGGAUUCGUGCCUGUUUGGUUCAGUUCGAGCGCAUGGAUGAUGUUGAGCUGCUUACGGGAGGCGAGCGCGUCUUUGCCGAGGUUCCUGCUGGCGCAGAGCUGGCUACGGUGGAUAGGCUCGCCACGGGGCUGUCGUCGUCGGCGGCUGCUGUGCCUGAGUCUGCCGCUGGCGCUGCGGUCAAGAAAUAA